AUGACGAACGUACUCAUCACUGGCGGCUCAGGCUAUCUUGGUGGAUCGCUACUUGCAUCAUGGGCGGAUGCAAAUAUUGAGGUUUAUGACAAGCUGUACGCACUGGUGCGAUCCGAUUCGCAAGCUGCCGCAGUAAAGUCGCUCUACGGCGCUGAGCCUGUCAGAUGUAGCCUUGAGGAAGGCGAUAUCAGGAGUCUUGUCGUGGACAACGGCAUCACCGUGGUAUUUUACCUGAUCGAUGCCUACCGUGCCGAGCGACCCGUUAGCUUCAUUAAGGCUCUUGCUGAAGUUAAGAAAGCAACUGGGCGAGGAGUACACUUUGUCUACACAACAGGGACGAAGCAGUUUUCUGAGCAUGCCGGUGCGCCGACAGACAAGCCACUUCUGGACACGGAUCCCAAUCUGUAUGACAUCCAGAGAGGCCAAAAGGCGCCAGUUGAGGAGAUGGAGGUGGGACUGGGCUUUGGGAACCUAAUUUCCAUCCAAACGGUAGAUGUGGUCACCGCAGCAAAAGGGGCAGGACGCGUUUACCGGAUUGGGCCUGAAGGACAGACAUGGCCGGUGUGCCACAUAUCCGACAACACGUCGCUCUACAUCGCGCUGGCCAGAGCCAUUUUGAGCGGCUCCAACCCCGAUCAUGGGAAGUUCGGUUACUACCUAGCUUCCUCAGGCUCAGCCAGCUGGGAUGACAUUUACGCAGCUGUGGCCAAAGCAAUGGCGAAACGGGGUGUCAUUGAUGAUGACACAGUCGCACCCGUCACAGAUGAAGCGUUGAGGAAGAUGUCCGAUGCGUUGAAUGUAGAGCCGGCGUCGGCGGUGUCCAAAGUUGGUGGAAAGUAG